AUGAAAUUUCCAAUUGAGACUCCAAGAAAACAGGUGAACUGGGAUCCUCAAGAAGCCAUACCAUUGGCUGUUCCCUCACCAGUGCCAGCUUGUGAGCCUGAGCCCAAAACUAACGGGCAUUUCCCAUCUCCACGACUCUCUGUUUCCCCCCGAGCCACUGUUGUUGCUGCCAUGGAAGCCCCUUCUCAAGGCCUGCAGACAGUCAUGAAGUGGAAAACAGUGGUGGCCAUCUUUAUAGUGGUGGUAGUGUACCUGGUGGCGGGAGGACUUGUCUUCCGUGCCCUGGAGCAGCCCUUCGAAAGCCGACGGAAGAACACAAUCGCGCUGGAGAAGGCUGAUUUCCUGCGGGAGCACAUCUGUGUGACUCAGCUGGAGCUGGAGACACUGAUUCAGCAUGCUGUUGAGGCUGAUAAUGCAGGAGUCAGUCCCAUAGGAAACUCCUCUAACAACAGCAGUCAUUGGGACCUUGGAAGUGCCUUUUUCUUUGCUGGAACUGUCAUCACGACUAUAGGGUUUGGGAACGUGGCCCCAAGCACUGUUGGAGGCAAGGUUUUCUGCAUCUUGUAUGCCAUCUUUGGGAUUCCACUGUUUGGCUUCUUGCUGGCUGGGAUUGGAGAUCAACUUGGAACCAUCUUUGGGAAGAGCAUUGCAAGGGUGGAAAAAGUUUUCAGAAAAAAGCAAGUGAGUCAAACAAAGAUCCGGGUAAUCUCCACCAUCCUCUUCAUACUGGCAGGCUGCAUUGUCUUUGUGACCAUUCCUGCAGUUAUCUUCAAGCACAUCGAGGGAUGGACAGCCUUGGAGUCCAUCUACUUUGUGGUUGUUACUCUGACUACCAUUGGCUUCGGUGACUUUGUAGCAGGAGGAAAUACAGACAUCCAUUACCGAGAGUGGUAUAAACCCUUAGUGUGGUUCUGGAUCCUUGUUGGCCUUGCCUACUUUGCUGCCGUUCUGAGUAUGAUUGGAGACUGGUUAAGAGUCCUGUCCAAGAAGACAAAAGAAGAGGUUGGAGAAAUAAAAGCCCACGCAGCGGAGUGGAAAGCGAACGUGACAGCUGAGUUCAGAGAGACACGGAGGCGGCUCAGCGUGGAGAUCCAUGACAAACUGCAACGCGCAGCGACCAUCCGGAGCAUGGAGCGCAGGCGCCUGGGCCUGGACCAGCGAGCACACUCCUUAGACAUGCUCUCUCCAGAGAAACGCUCUGUCUUUGCUGCCUUGGAAACAGGUCGGGUCAAGGCCUCAUCUCAGGAAAGCAUCAACAACAGGCCUAACAACCUGCGCCUUAAAGGGCCGGAUCAGCUCAACAAGCACGGGCAGGGAGCGUCCGAGGACAACAUCAUUAACAAGUUUGGGUCAUCCGCUAAAAUGACGAAAAGGAAAAACAAAGACCUCAAAAAGACCAUCCCUGAGGAUGUGCGUAAAAUUUAUGAGACCUUCAGAAACUAUUCCUUGGAUGAAGAAAAAAAGGAAGAGGAGACCAAGAAGAUGUGUAAUUCCGAGAACUCUUCUAGCACUGCAGUCCUGACCAACUGCAUCCAGCAGCACUCAGACUUGGAAAAUGGAGUGAUUCCCAAUGAAACCAAAGAAAGGGAACAUGAAAACAAAGCAUUACUUGAAGACAGAAAUUAAAUGUAAAAGAUGCUUAACUUGAAUUAACAAUGUUAGUGUUUUUAUAUACAUAUAUAUAUUGAGACACGUGCCUUAUACAGACUCCUUGUUCAGUCUGAAUCAUAUAGCAUCGAAGAAUAUUUCACUGUGCCAUAAAGACUCAAGCUUGCUCUGCCAAAACAAAUCAGGAACACAGAACUGCAGAAUGGCAACAGAAAGCUACGCACAUGGAAAUUUCAGCCUGUAUAAGAUUACCAGGGCAAGACACAAAGGAAGGGAUUGAACCAUGGCAAUACCACCAGAGUGCUCCUACCAUGGCAUGAUAGUAGACAAAGGGCAGCUAUGUAAGAAGAGCCUUUGAAAGGGAUGAAAAAAGUGUAUCUUUGUAAUGGAGUAUGCAUCCAUAAAGCCUUCCCCUGGUGAUUAAAAAGAGGAGAAAUGAUUGGAAUGAACUAGAAACUUUCAGUAAUGCUUAGUUUA